GCUGCCUUGAGCCUUAUCUGAUGGGGCCUGACAGGCAGCAGAUGAGACACUGACACAAGCUCAGGGUUAUUCAGUAACCCUGACCUCUUUAAAGCCCCACUGUUUCCUGCGACAUCCAGACCAGCUGCUCCUCCAACUAGGGCUGAGAGAGAACUGCAGUCAUGAACACCUUCCUGCUCUCAGUGCUGUGCCUCCUGGGAGCCUGGGCCACCCUGGCAGGGGCAGUCACCGUGCAGGAUGGAGACUUCUCCUUUUCCCUGGAGUCAGUGAAGAAACUUAAAGACCUCUGGGAUCUCCCAGAGCCUAAGAUUGGGAACUUCAGGAAGCUUGUGCCCACCCUUGGUAAGCCUGUGGCUCCUGUGAUCUGCAGCUAUGAAGCGUUUCCAGAAGAAAUCAGGCCUGUUUGCAAGGAGCCCAAUGCUGAGGAGAUCCUGCAGAGGCUGGAGGCCAUCGCUGAAGACCCGAGCACGUGUGAGAUCUGUGCCUUUGCUGCCUGUGCUGGAUGCUAGGGCGGUGGUGUUCACUGCCCUCUCCCAACUUUGCAGGGAAGCCCUGUCUUCUGCUGGAGGGGCAGCCUGUGAUAUUCCCACACCCAGCUGCACAACCUGCCCUGCCCCAGAAUUGGGGGUGGGGGUU